AACCAUUGUCUGGUCUUGUACUGCAACCUACCUCGACUCAGUCAUCUGACACGACGACGCCAGCUUUGAUUCAGCUUCAGGAGGCCCAUUCAGCAAGAUGAGCGACGACGUUCCCGACAACCAACUUAUGCCAAUGCAGACAGAGUCCACCGAUAUGAAUGAUUUGUUUGAGGACAACGAUAAGUUCGACUCCCAGUUCGAUAACCCGAAUGCCUUCAUGGAUCCCAUAGAGGAUCAAGUCUCUGCCGACUACGGAAUUGCUGCAGCGCGUGCGAUUCUUCCGAAUGGCGAUGCUACCUUUGCACACAAUAUCCUUGGUGUCGAGGGCUACCGUGAGAUGACUCCUGGUCACGAAGAGCAGCAUGAGAACAUCCACGAGUCUGUCGAAGACAACCUCCAGCCUGGGACACAGCCGCCCGACCAUGCCGAUGUGGUCAUGCUCGACAAACCCGAUACCAAUCUCGAGCCUCAGCAGCAGACACAGCGAACCUCCCACGAGCCGAUCAAUCAUGACGUUGCCAUGGAAGAUGUGCCAGGUGAGCUGCGUGGUACUGUACCGGCCACUGCUGCUGGAACGCAGUCCCACACAAGUGUCACCGCUGCCUCCCGCUCGGUCCAACACAAUGUUGACAUGAACGACUCCUCGUCUCUCUUUAUUCCAGAACGCGAUUCGUCAUCACAUUCUCUUCCGCCUCCACCACGACUCAAUGCUGCGCCACCUCGUCAAGCAUUCACACCUGCUCGUCAAUCCGGAGCGCCUGGUAGGCUCUCGGUAUUCGCCAAGGUCCGCAAUAUGCAGAAGUUAGCUCAGGCGCGAAAGAAUGCCUUCAACAAACACGCAGCCGCAUUCCAACUGAGUACCGAUCUCGACCCUGAAGCAUACUUAGAGGCCGUCACGUCUGGUAUCACACCGCCAGCGGGUGCUUAUCCUGUCGAGGUUGAUGAAGACGAGAUGGCCCACAGACAAGCUUUGGCCGAGUUUCAGAAGCAGAAGCGCCAUUAUGAGAAGAUCAAGGAACAGCACAACGGUCGUCUUCCUUUCCGACAAGACGUCGAGUGGAUGAGGAUCAAAGGCGCCGAAGAUGCUCGUUUGAAGAAGCGGCAACGCGAUUUGGUGACGGCUCAAGAGGGUGACGAACAAAACCUGUUCCCACAAGUACACACUCAGGCCGAUGAGCAAGAGGAGGAACCCGAUGGCGGCUUUUAUGGCGAGGGAAGGUCUCGCAAACGCCGGCGCGGUGACCAGCCUCGUAAGCAGUCCAAGCCAGUGUCAAUUCAGGACGCUGAACUUCAGGCUAUGCGUGUUGCUCUAGAAGCCAGCGAAGAUCUGCCCAAGAAGAAGAAGAAGAAGAAGAAGAAAGAAGCUGCAGGCAUUGAGGAGGCUCAGGAUCCACAACCUUCUACAAAAAGCAGGGCGUCAAAGUUUAAGGCCGCACGACCCUCCCGGAGCAGAGGAGCAGCCAAAUCGUCAACGAAAGGACCGCGCAAGACGGCCAAAAACAAACGCGAGCUUGAGCGCGCUACCAAGCAAGCUACCUCACUCUUCAACGCCAACGUCUUCGAGCAGCAGGCCGGUAUUGGCGCCGCAGAUCAGCCAACUUUCAGAACAAGGAACAAAGCAGAAGCUCUCAAGGAGCUCAUUGCCAGUGUUCCGAUUCAAGACAAGAAACAGGCAAGGAACGAUAUGAACAUUCUGUUGCAAGCCUCGAAGGACUUUGACGGAGUUGGAUCCUGCAAGAUUGCACCUGGCGGUAACUGGAUGGUUCGUGGCAUGAAGACAUCUCUCAAAGGCUAUCAGGUACUGGGAAGUGCCUUCAUGCGCCGUCGCGAGAACGAUGCACAAGAGCCCAAGGGAGGACUGAUGGCAGAUCAAAUGGGACUUGGUAAGACGCUGAUGAUGCUCGCAAACAUUGUGAACUCCCGCGACGCAAUGAUUAGAAACAGAGACCACACUGCUAAGACGACGCUUCUGGUCGCUAGCCCGGCUCUACUGAACCAGUGGGCAGCCGAAAUUGAGCAGCACACCAACUGCGAUAUGAAGGUCAUGCGUUACGGCGCCGGCAACCGUCUCGACUCAACUCACGCCAUCCCAAUCCUUGGUACUCACGACAUUAUCCUCACUACAUACAGCGAGGUCAUGAAGUCUUACCCGAAGAAUGAGCCCCCAAUCGAGUGUCAAACUGCUGAGCAGAAGAUCGCUUGGUGGAAAGAGACGUACGAUAAACACCGUGGAGUUCUACACCAGAUGUACUUCAAGCGUGUUGUUCUCGAUGAAGCUCAAGCGAUCAAGAACCACCAAGGUCGAACCUCCAUCGCCUGCCGCGCCCUCAUGGCCUCCCACAAGUGGGCUCUGAGUGGUACACCCAUCUUGAACGGUCUGGACGAACUUUACCCCUACUUUAAAUUCCUGAACGUCCCGCACACUGGCAGCUUCAAAAUCUUCAAGCACAACUACUGCAGCAGUAGUAACGGAGAGAACGCCGAACGCCUCCUCGUCCGCCUUUCGCAGUUUAUGAUCCGACGCACCCACGCCGACAGGAUGUUCAACGCACCCAUCUUGAAGCUUCCGCAGGCAAACCAGAGCACAUACUGGUGCGACUUCAACUCCGUCGAGCGCAGCAUCUACAUCAUCGUCCAUCAGCGCUUCGCCAAGAACAUCAACAUGUGGUCUAAGAAGGGCACGCUGUCGAGGUCAUACAGCAACGUACUAGUCAUGCUGCUCCGUCUUCGACAGCUCACUGCCCAUGUUCUCAUGCUGCAGUUCGUCAUGAGAGACCUGCUGGAGCGCGAAGACAUUGAGCGCAUCAAAGAGGUCGUUAAGGAGCAAGCCGCCCACAGUCACAUUCACCAAGGCCGCACUAUUCUCGCCAUCCGAAAGCAGCUGGAAGCUCAUGAGUUGAGAGAAAAGAGGAAGGCAGUUGCUAAAGCCGCCCGCAAGCUUGCUGCCGAAGAAGCUGCCAGAGAAGCUGCCAAGACGGCGAAGACUGAGUAUGUCGAGCCCGAGGAUGGUGGAGACGAGGACGACGAGGACGACGAGGACGGUGAUGCUCCUGUCGAAGUUCCACUUGACGGUGAACUGAAUGAGGAAGAGACGGGCACUCGCUGCGGCGCAGAACGCAACAAAUCGGGCAAGGGCUUUGGUAAGAGCUACGACUUCAAGCCGUUUGUGAACAGCCUCACUGUCGGUGAAUUCUGGGAGAAGAAGAAAGAGAAGGCGCAGUGUGGAGAGUGCGGCAGACGUCCCUUGAAGCCUUGGAUGACAGCCUGUGGACACCUGAUAUGCGACCCUUGCUACGAGGAUGUUAUGAACGCUGCAGCCGAAGAAGGGAAGACCAACGGAACCUGCAAAGCCUGUGGGUCGACCUUUGGCGCCUGCGCUCCUUGUGAGGAAGAGCCGGAUGAUCUCCCAGGUCCUAGCCGUGGAACUCGGGGCAAGACUGCACAGAAGAAGAAGAAAGAGAAGGAGCGUUUCGAUCGUGAAGAUAUUGCGGAUGACUGGCUGAGCUUGGGUGGUGACGACGUUCUGCCAUCCGCCAAGACCAUUGCGAUCAAAGCCCAGAUCCUCAACUGGACCAGAGAGAACCCGAGUGUCAAAAUCAUCAUCUACACGCAGUUCCUCGCGAUGAUUCGUAUUCUGGCAAAGAUCUGCCAACAGGAAGGCUGGGGGACAGAGCAGUACCACGGCAAGCUGAGCCUGGGAGCUCGCGACAAGGCCAUCAAGGACUUCGCCACCAACCCGCGAUCGAACAUCUUGCUGGCGUCCCUUCGGUGCGGCGGCCUUGGUCUGAACCUGACCAUGGCCUCGAAGGUCAUCAUCAUCGACCCAUGGUGGAACCAGGCUUCGGAGCAGCAGGCGUUCUGUCGAGUGUUCCGCAUCGGUCAGCAGGACGAGACGUGCAUGAGCAGAAUGUGCGUCAAGAACACAGUCGACGAGCGUUUGAUCGAGAUGCAGAGGGAGAAGCAGAAAGAGAUCGACGAGGUGAUGGAGGAUCGGGGCAAGAAGACGAAGAACUUGGACAUUGCCGACCUCAUGCGCCUCUUCGGCAACAUUGAAGAGACCGAUGACGGCAGACCUUUCAUCGUGGUCGACAACCCUACUGCUGCUGGCGGCUUCUACGCUGACCGCGACCACGAGGGUUACGCUGACGAGUUCUGAGGUGUGGAUGGAUCUGGGGACGGUGUGAUUUACCAGGCCUUGGAUCGCCAGAUUAGGGAUUCUGAUGGGGAUGGUCUAUGAUUCUGGCUGAGUUUGACGGUAGCCUGGAGGCAUUCGAUGAUUUCGAUUCGAGGUCCUGAUUACUAUCGAGGAUAUCAUUGGACGUUUCAGAUUGCUUGCUUUUCCCACGACUAGCGCUGCGGACCUCCAGGGUGCUUUAUCUUACUUAUCUAUGCUCGGAAUUCGAUUUGGGAGCCUUUCAGCACGUUCGUUAGGAGAAUUCUACUGUGAUGAUGUUUGGUGGUGGAGCGAUGGCACGAUGUAGAGACGGGCCGAUCAAUGGCAGGCCCACCGUUGACGUCUCCGCAAUGCGGACCAUCGGUU